AUGAGGGCAAUUCAUAUCCUGAAAUACUUGCAAAAACUGGUGUUCCCCCAUCUGUGGCAUGCAAAACUGUUAAACGUUGGGAAACAUACGGCACCCUUGCCUCCUUGCCUUGAUCUGGCCGCCCACGCAAAUUCUCACCUCAAUUGUAAUGGCCUUACUGCUGUGCAAGUCAAGUACAUUGCCCAGAGCCGGCGCUACCGCCGAUAUGUUGCGCGCCAAAAGCCAUUCUUAGAUAAGCGAAAGGUCCUAAAGCGUCUAGAAUGGGCUCGCGUGAACCGGUUUAGGAACUGGGAUGAAGCCAUUUGGACUGACAAGCUCCAGUUGGGGACCGGCAAUCACUCAGUUCACCCAAUGGUCACCCGGAAACCCGGAGAGGCAUAUCUCCCGGAAUGCCUAGCCCCAACCUUUCAAAGUGGCCAUGAAGCAUUAAUGGUAUGGGGGUGUAUCUCCCAUGGGUAUAAGGGGCCACUUAUCCAACUGGAGAUGGCUCCCCGGCUGCAAUUGCGUAAUGGGAGGUGGAGGGGGGGAGGGUUCAACUCAGAAGGAUAUGUUAUGCAGGUCCUAAAUGGUCCACUUAAGGACUUCAUUGCACAGAUGGAGAAAGUCAAGGGACACAGGAUGCUAGUAGUUGAAGAUGGGGCCCCGGCACACAAAGGAAAGCUAGCCAAACAGGCUUGUGAAGAACUUGGUAUUAAACACAUUGCACACCCCCCAAGUUCACCAGACCUAAACCCAAUAGAACCAUUAUGGAUGGAACUUAAGCAACGUGUGUACAGUACCCCUGGGGCCCGAAGAAGUCUUGAGCACCUUUGGAAUGCCACUGAAGCUGCCUGGAAAUCCUUCACAGCAGAUGAUAUCAAUAAGUACACACGGAAAAUGCCAUCUCGGGUAACAGCUUUAGUUAAGUCAAAGGGACUCCCAACAAAAUUCUAA